AUGGUGAUGGCGGUGAUGUUGAUGGUGGUGGUGGUAAUUAAUGGUGAUGGCGUCGAAGAUACAGAUGAUGGUGUUAAUAUUGGUGGCUGCAAUGAAGAUGAUGGUGUUAAUGGUGGAGGACGUGGUGGUGGCGAUGGGGCGACGGAGCUGGUGGUGGUAGUUGCAAAAGUUCCCGUUGAUUCAUCGAUCUACAUAGAUUGUUUAGGAGGUGGUGGAGAUAGAACUGGUGGUGGUGGUGGUGGAUUUGGGGGAAUUAUACGAGGUGAUGAUAGAACUGGUGGCGGGAUUAGUGGAGGUGGCGCUGGAGUUGAGGUGGAGACGAUGAAGAUGAAAAGUUGA